GUUUCGACAGAGUCGUGCCGGUGAUCGCUUCUAGCGACUGAUUCGUCAAUUCGAUACAUCAGGAAUACGUAGUUCGAUAUCGCGUGAAUCGGCGUCGAAAUAUCAAUCUUCGAUCGAGUUCGGAUCUCGAAAGUUUCCUUAUUUUUUUGUGAAGUUAACAAGGUUUAUUUAAUCAGUGCUUCGCGAUAUACUCGCAAUUCUUGGUUUUGUGUUUUCUUAUUAUGCAUUUCAUUUGAGGAGCGUCUUCUAGUCAGAACGUAUAGCUAGCCUGCGCAGACACGCGGCCAUAGCGUGUCUACUCCAGGCAGAUUUUUCGCACGAGCUGCCAGCGUGUACGUACGCACGCGGCUUCUUCGAAGGCAUGUCCAAAGCACGUCUAAACGUCGACUGGAAUAAAGUCCGGUAUGCACCCGGCCGUAACUGUAAUGCAUCUCGCGUCACCUAUGAUCUCGCACCGUUAUGUUACCUUGAAAUAGAUAUUCGUUCUCGAAAGCGGACCGAUGCUUACAUAUACGUUCCGUGGGAAGCGGAAAAAAGCUAGAACAGGCGGAAAAAACGAGAGCGUGGAAGAGAGACGAACGCGCGACGGGAAGCUGGCUCGACAGGAAGCGGCCGUUUCCGGUGUUCGGGACGACAUCCUGAUGAUGAAUCUAUUUCCGAAGGAGAAACAAGCGGGGGCGAGACUCGUGGCUGACUGGUGGGGGUGUGGAAGCGAGUUUUCGGUGCACGAUCGUAUGAAUGAAAAGUCGAGUCGAAGAGGAAGCCAAUCAGCUGGUGCAUCGUGUCCGGCUUCGUUCUACCUCGCUGGCUUUUCUUAAAACGGCUAUCGCGAUGCGUCUGUUCAAACGACAGAGUUCUGAUACCAGCCCACAGCUAGUUUCGGCUACUCCAUUAUCUCAGGAUGGAACAGCGCCUUUGACAGUGGCGGAGGAAAAUUUCGGUCGAAGUAGUAAAAAACUGCACAAGGAAAACGAUGGAUCAGGUCGGAUAUCCAUGAAGGAAGACGAUAGUGAGUCGCCGUUCUUGAAACCGUCAUCGUCGGAAUUAUGUGUUUCGAAUCGAAAAGGAAUUUCGACAUGGGGCAGAAAAGUAGGUCGAAGGUGGGAUCAGUUAAAGAGAUCGGACAGCUCCGAAUUGCUUUCGGUUUCGGGCCGACGGAGACGAUGGAGCCCGAAUCGAAAAGGCGGUGUAACAGACGAGAAAGAAAACGGUAUCAGUGGUUCAUCCGAAUUACCAAAGCCAAAGAGAAUUUCCAGAGUGGAAUCGUUACGAAAUUUAUUCAAAAGCAGCGAACGAGGUAGCGGCUACUUGAACAACGACGUGUCAGCUAGAAAUGUGACGAUACAAGAGGAGGAUGUUACCUGCAUCAGUCAUUAUCCGAUGGAAAAGGCUUUGAGCGAGGGUGCCAUAAAGAAUGUCUCCUUUCGUAGGAGCUUGGACGAUAGUCGACUAGAUCGCGGAACGAUACUUCACGAGAAAAAGAAGCAGCUCAGUCGCAGCAUCCAGAACCUCCAGGAACAACACCGAGUUUUAGAUUAUAUUUUGAAGAACCAGGAUAUGCUUAAGACUCGAGAAGGAACGGCUUUCGCGAGAGAAACAUUGGAAAAAGUCAGAAGUACGAGUCCGAAACGACAUACGAGUCAGACUACGACGGAUGAUGGCAAAAGCAGUGUUUCCACGCAAACCAGAGACUUUUUCAAUAACCAUCUUAGCAAUAUUAAGAGAAAUCUGUUUAACGUUCGCGCAAGUGGCAGUGACUGUGACAGUUACAGAGCCGACAAUCACAGACCUUACUCAGCGACUGGCCUGGAGGAGCUGAUGAGCAAUCUGCGAUUAGGAUGUGACGAAAGUGGUUACGAUUCCGACAGCACGCGAGCUGGCGCCGAUUCUCCAGACAGUGAGAACUCCGUUCCACCGAUGUUAAAACUCCGUAGUUUCUCCAUAACGUCGGACGAUUACCAUGGCAUCGAUUUAUCGUUACCAGUCAGCACACCGAUAAAACAAGACGUGACAACGGGAACUGAAGAAAACGAGUCGGGUCCUUCUCGUCUCGAGAACACCGUCAUCAUAAACAAAAGUUUAUUAAGCGAAUCGGCAACGACGAAUAUAACCGCAGUAGCUUCAGAUGGAGACAGCACGGACAGUUGCGAUGAGGAUACUUUCGUAGGAUUUACGGAAUAUUCUGUGAACUGUACGGUCGGACAAACAAAAUCUAGCAACGCAGCAUCUACGUCAGAAAGAUGCGACGAUGGAACGUCGAAAGUAUCUUUGAGUGGAAAUUUCGAAGAUAAAAGAACAUCCUCGACCAUACCUAUGAGCAAAGAACUGUCGAAGAUACCAGAGAGAAAGUUGUUCGCGAAGCCGGAACAAACACUGCAAUUGUCGCAAGCGGUGAGGGUGCAGAAUUUACAAAAGUCUCAGAUACCGUUAAAGUCUCGGAAGUGCAUCGACUCCAGCGUGUUGAGUUUGUUGGAUAACGCGGCAUCUCCGUGCAAGGAUAGUCCACCAGCGACGAAAAUUUGCGCGACACUUGUCAAUAGCCCCCUGCAGUACUACAGUCCAAAGAGAUCGCGGUCAAACAUGGGGCCGGAUGAUCCUGAGGUUGUCCAUUGUAGAAACAAAAUAAAAAAAUCUGAACAAAUAACUAAAGUCGAUCAUGCAACGUCAAUUCCACCAACACCAGCGAAGACCUUGGUUCGUCGAGAGCUAAAGACUAUGAAAUUGUUCGUGGAGAAAUCUGGCAACCUUGGCAUUUCCGUAGAAAGGAAAGAAGCUGUUAGACCUUUCUAUGUGAUUUCAAAGAUGGACGUAAAUGGAGUGGCAGCUAAAUCGAAGCAAUUUCGAAUCGGUGACGAGAUCGUUCGGGUUUGUGGACGUAGACUACGUGGGAUGUCGAUCCUCGAAGCUAGAAGCGCGUUAAAAACAUGUUCGGGAACAGUGGAAUUGCAAAUAGCCAGAGAACCGGCUUUCGCUUUCGGUGAAGAGCUAGGUGACACGUGGGGCGACACUCUUGUACGCACUCGAAGCGACUCCGAGGUGUGGACGUUGAAACAAGAAAAAAUGAAUGAAAAAAUGGAAGUUGAUGUUUCCGAUUCCAUAAAUGUACGACAAGAAACCCCUUCUCAGUGUAAAAUAAUCGAUACCCUGAUGAAGGAUGGCACGAACUUAUCCGCGAAUUCUAUGGAACGAACGAAAAGCGAAAGUGAAGCAAUUGUGAGAAAAGAACCUAGCGAAAAGAUGACUGGCAUGAGAAAAUUUCAGGUAGUACGAAAGCGAGCUAUCAUUCCGGUUUCCUGUUCGCGUAGGGCGACUAGUUUGUCCAUGAAUUUGUUGACCAUCACCUUGGAAAAGGGUGCUCCGAAGAAAUUAGGAUUUUCUAUAGUAGGUGGAUCUGAUAGUAACAAAGGAUCCAUGGGUAUUUUCGUGAAGGAUAUCAUGGCUGGUGGCCAGGCGGCCGAAGAAGGAACUUUGAAAAUCGGAGACGAGAUUCUAGCGAUCAAUGGAAUUUCGAUGGACGGAUUGACGCACGCGAAAGCGUUGCAAUGCUUCAAGGCUGCCAAAGCUGGGAAAAUGAUUCUUCACGUGGGUCGUAGAGACCCCACGCACAAACGAUAUAUCAUUCAGUCGAAGUCGUACGAUUGCCUGGAUAGACUAACGGAAACCGGAGACGAAUAAGAAAUUCGAGAAAUCAAUCACGGACCAUCAUCAAAAUCACAUUAUAUCUCAUUUUUUUAAAUGAAAUUCAUCGAAGAGUGAUUAUUAUCUUUUCUCGUUUUUGCAAGUAAAAAGACAAUGUAUAUAUUUCAUGUACGAUAAAGCACGUUUUUACGAUUCCUCGCCAUUGUAAUAUAGAUUAGUAACUAUCACAUUUCAUUUUCGACGAGUUUGAUAUAAACAAUCAAUGUAUUUUCUUUUAACGAAAAUUUACAUACCAGUGAUCGAUUUAUAAUCAACAUAGCAAUUCUCUUUUCAUGUAUUCGUUAUUCUUAUGCAAAUGAACUCAUUUUCUUAAGAUGAUUAUUGUGAUAUUGGUUGACUAUUACUAACUUUUGUUUUAGACUAAUGAGAAUCAUUAAUUUUUUUUAUUCUAUAAACAAUUGAUUUGUAAACGUUGUGUUUCUACUAUGAUAAGCUUACAUCAAUUAUUUAAAUAAUCAAAUUCGUUGCAAUAUACAGUAAGUUAAGUAGUAAAGUGAAGAGUAAGAAACGUACGUGUUAAUCUUUGUUAUCGGUUUGUGUUAAAUUAUAGUUCGGAAUUAUACUCGACUUUUAUAAAAAAAGAUUGGUCCAUUUAAAUGCGCCUUUGUUUAUGAUAUCAGAAUCAUAAAGAUCAAUGAUGAUUAUAACUAUAAUUGUAACAGAUUACUAUACAUAGUCAUAUCCUGUUAGAUGUAGUACGCUAACACUUCGGAUCAUGGCUGUUCGAUUUAUUUGUCAGUGUAGCGCGGAUUUCACCUAUGUUUUGUUUAAAAAACACAUGUUUGUUUAAUACGAGCUAUACGCAAGUUCGAGUGGAGAUUUAUUAACUGGGAUGAGUACUCAUCAUGUACUUACUACUCAAUUAUGUUGUAAGCGUAGUAUUUAGAUGGUUAAUGAUGUUAAGCUACUGACUGACAUCUAGAAUGUCUACCUGAGAAAAAUGCUGUGAUAUUCAUUGUAGUCGUACUAGCUGCUAUCGUACAAACUGUAUUUAAAAUAAAUUUGGUUUUGUUGAUAAA